AGUUCGCUCGUGCUUUUGCUUCGCAUCAGUACCAUCUACGUCGACGCGCCCUCGACUGCUCUACAUCCUCAAAGCAUGCAUUCGCCAUAGCCAAGUGCAAUCUGGCUUCCCUUUUCGCCGCCCGUGAAUUGAAGAGAUACUGCUCCAGACGGACCCCAGCACGGUGCAGAGUGAACGCAAAGGCUGAAGAUUCACUUUUAGCUGUCGCGCUAGCCCAAACGCUACGUGCCUGGCCCUCCCCAUAGCCCACACGCGUCUCUAUAUCUCGAAAAGGAUCCCUUAUCGUCGAUGCUGGGCAUGUACAUGUCCCGCGGACCUUUCAAUGCAGUCCGCCACCGGCCAGCGUGCGCCCUUUUUCCCCAGGGCAGAUACAGUACUCCCGUUUAAGCACGACCCGCCGUCUCCGACCUCGCGGCCUACCGUGGUUGCGCCCAUUCUCGAUGUUGAACAUGUCGACUACGCGCUCAAGCCCUGGUCCGACGAGUUCGCCCGAUCUGUCUAUCCAGAAAAGGACGACAACUGGGCGCCGGCAACCAUCCCCUUGAGACUAGAAUGUCCACCACAUUGUGCUACGGAUCGCUAUCUGUUCCCCACCUUGACACGCAAUGAGAGACUGAGGCUGACCAUGGUGUUCUAUUACACGCGUGGCGCCCUCGACGACCAAGAGCUCCUGUCUCGCCUGCAAGAAAAAGUCCAUCUUGCUAAGGAAUCCUCAGGAUGGGACUUUGUAAUCGCUGGCCUCCUUGACCACAACACGUAUACUCGCGUGGCCACUGUUGGACUUCCGCUAGCAAUUCUACCGAGGCGUGAAAGUACUUGUGCACAUACAGUCAACCAACCACCAGGCACACUCUUCUCAUUACUCGAUAUGCCAAAAGACUGGCGGUUUGAGAAGUCACCACACGUCGAGAAAGGUGGCCUUCGUGCAUAUGCCGGCGUACCACUACAGUUCGAAACCGAGUUUGGCGAGCACGUAGCGUUUGGCUCCAUCUGUGUCGCCUCAAAUUCGGUACAGGGGCCGCUCUCAAAGACUCAGCAAAGAACACUAGCUCGACUUGCCGACUGGAUCGUUGCCGAUAUAGUUCACAGCGCGAAAGCCAAACGACAGCGAGACCGGAGGCGGAUGCUGGAGAUGCUUGCCAAAGCCCAGAAACUAUGCGACGACGAUGUGGACAUGACAAAGGCAAUACCGGAAAUGCUGCAGGAAGCUUACCCGGGCACGACUGUGGGUAUCCACCAAACGACUAAUGGCCAGAUCAUACUCGACGGAGGCACAGUGUUCAAGACGGCAGACCUAGAGCAUGGUUUGUGGGAAGAUACCGAGCAAUUCGACCAUGUUAUCGAGGAGCUCAACCAUCUGGACAUGGGUACAUCUAGGGUGGUCCGUGUCAUCUCUACGCAGUGCGCAAGCCAGCGCGUACCCACAUUCCUCGUGGUGGGAUGCAACGACUUUCGGAUGAUUUUCGAUGAUGUCGACUCGUGGUUUGUGAACAUGUGUGCAACCAUUUUGUCCCGUUAUUGGCAAAGUCGCUUGCUGAAGGAGGCUUUGAAUGUGAAAGAAACUUUUCUACGGGGCAUUACGCAUUCACUACGAACGCCUAUUCACGGCAUUCUAGGCUCCGUCGAGCUUCUGACAGAAGAAUUGAAGUCGCUAAACGUGGUGCCAAUGUCAGCUACGACCUCGCCUGGCACGACUCCCAACGUUGAACAAUUAGAUCCAUCCGUGUACAUCCGGACGAUCAGAACUUCAGCGCGGGAGCUUAUAGCAACAGUGAACAGUUUGAUCAAGCUCAACCAAUGGGCGGACAUUGCGCAAGCGGAGCGUCACACUGCAUUACACACAGUCGGGGAGCUCGAGUCCGCCUUACUAAACGAAAGCUAUGCGGCAAUGCCAGAGAAAGUCUCUAGCAGACCAUCCGUUCUCAUUCACCAUCACUUCCCGCCGAAUCUAAACAUGUUAGCGUUCGAUCUACGCCUAUUCCUUGACAGUAUCCAGCCGCUGGUAACAAACGGUAUUCAACACGCUGAAGGCGGUGUAGUGGCCGUCACCCUCUCCGUGUCCCACGACUACUCGUCGCUCAUUGUCGAUGUCGAAGAUAACGGUCGGGGUAUAUCCUCAUGCGAUCACGAACGUAUUUUCAACGCCUACGAGAAGGUCGAUCCAAAUACCGCAGAAGCUGGACUUGGCUUAACGCUAGCUUGUAGAUCUGCGCUGCUCAUGAACGGCACCGUUUCGCUUGUAUCCUCUCGUCUUGGAGGAGGUUCACACUUUAGAGCCAUCUUUAGUGAGCCUAUAUGUGCAAGCUCAUUUCCUCCCAGUCGUUCAAUCAAAGAGAGGCUUAUUCAGCUUCCACCGAUAUUCGGCAGGAUGUCUUUCGACUCAAGAACAUCUCCCCUUGGCCGGUACUUCAGCAAGUACCUUACAGUCCAUGGAUAUGUCGAAUCUGAGACUUCGAACAGUUCAUUGUUGGUCCUCGACUUCACGCCCAACCUGGCCGAGCUCUACAAACACAUAUCACAAAUCAGUAAGGGGCAGGUCGCCAUCUGCCUAGUUCCCGAAUCCGCAUACUUAUUCGACUUUGACGGUAAACACAUUCAAAGACAGGAUAAUAUCGUGUAUGCCCGAGGGCCCUUUCUGUCGACUACGUUUGAGGAAGCCUUACAGGAGGCUGACAUGAUACUCGCGGAGUUUGGAUCUGCAACAACAGACCCAGAAAUUCGCCCCUAUGACAGUGUACCUUUUAAACCCGCUCCAGAAGUAGCAUUAAUCAUAGACGGCCUAGCGGAGCUAUCGCCUCAACGAGGCUCAAUUUUCCCACAAAGCGUACAGUCGGAACUCGAACAAUCAAUACAGACCCUACACAUCGAAACUGAGCCCUUGAUACCCGUGGUUCUAUCAUCACCAGAAUCGAAGCAACCAAUGGCCCUCCUCGUAGACGACAACGCGAUCAAUCUUCGCCUUCUUAAAAUGUACUGCAGCCGUCGCGCACUCCCCUACCAAGCGGCCACCGACGGCGAACAAGCCGUUAGCCAUUUUCUCGAUAAUCGAUCACCCGCCGACAACCCGCAACAGCCCAUCGAGUUGAUUUUCAUGGAUCUCCAGAUGCCAGUCCGCGACGGCAUCGAAGCGACGCGGCAGAUCCGCGCGCUAGAAGCGGAGAACGGAUGGAAGAAAAGUGUAAUCUUCAUUGUUACGGGCCAGGAUUCGCCGUCUGAUCGGAAAAAUGCAGAAGAUGUCGGCGCAGAUGGAUAUCUUGUGAAGCCUGUUGGGCCGAAAGUGCUCGAUAGGUGGGUGAAGCACUGGUUUCCUAAUGCACGAGUUUAAUGAUUGUACGAUAUACCCCCCAACUGGAUUUCCUAGUUUGACAUAUAAAGAGCGGUAGACAUGGUUUCAAUUCAUGAGGAGGCUGAGAUAGGACGUGCCGGGUGCUAUUAAGCUAGUGCGACUUCGGUGUCGCGACUUCUUCCAUUUCCCAUAAUCAAAUUCUUUGACUGGAAGGGUAUAAUAUAUGCCAGUCUCUUUCUACAGAACAUAUCAUGCAAGACGUAGAGAAACUCUACCUCACUGCGCGACACCUCGUACAUAAACUAGGAGAGCAGUCAUUCCGCGCACUUCUUACGGCCUUAAAUCAUUAGAAACCAAGCAAGACCGUGUUUGACAUUUGGAAAGGUGAGGUUACCAAGUCCUUUUACGAGGCUUCU